GAAACUGAGAAUAUGAAGCUGGUUGUGCUUUGCCUUUUUGCAGUCUGCUGCUUUUCUUUGGCGAACACAUCGACAAACAUUACUGAAAGAAAAUUACAAGAAGUCCUGAGACAGCUGAAAGAUGUGAGAUUAAGCCUACAGCAACAUGACCAGAAUAUGACAUUGAAUACUCCACCAAGGAAUAUUGAGGACUGCUGCUGUCUGUCAGCCUUGCAAUGCUUCCGGGCUAAUCUGCAGGUGAAGUUCAACGCUGCAGACAGAAAAACAAACAAACUCUACAGGAGCCUGAGCAAUCCCAUUACUGAGAGGGGUCUGAACUUCUGUAAUUCAGGAAAUGUCAUGUCCACCUGCCAAGACUGUGACUCACAUCCGAAGGAAAAUGCCACGGAGUUCUUCAACAGACUGGAGUCUCUUAUUCAAAUGGCCAUAACCAGACGGAGCAUGAACUGAGAGGGGGAGAUCUACUUGUUACCAAGGAUUGAAUGUAGACAAGACACUACGCUGAAAAGAUGCUAAAU